UAUAUAGAAGAUGGCCAAUUACUCGGAUGUGUUUGUUCAUUUUGUAUUUUGGAAUACAUUUGUAUUUUGGAUUGGGAUAUCAGAAUAUUGUUAGGGAUAUUAUAUCGUAGAUUGAUUUCUUGGCAAGUAAAGCGUUUGGUGUGCAGAUCGAUUGAGCAAGUGUGACAGAGAGGGAAGUAUUCGACUGCCGUAGAAGACGGUGCGAAAAGGAAGAUUAGCUGCCACGGCAAGGAAGUGGUGAGAAUUUACGACUAUAGAGAGCGGGAUUCCUGCCACGUCAAGAGAGUGGAAAAUUUGUGCUACCGCGCGAGAGAGCAGAUCACUACCGUGCCAGAAAACGGUGUUGCUACCGUGACUUGACAGCAGGAAUUGCUACCACGGCUAAAGAGUGAUGAUCGAUGAUUGUUGCUACCGCAGUGCGAGAGCGGGUUUGAUACGUUGCUACCGCGCCUUGACAGCGGAGAUUGUUUACAUUGUGAGGUGCUCAGAUGAAAUAGAAUUACGUCGUAAUCGUAAUCAACUCUGAGAUUUGAUUUGAUUUUGUGCUUUCGAGGUAAAUAAUGUUGAUUCAUUUCGUUUGGUAUCGAAAUCAAACAGAUUGCUCUCAUAAGGAUGGAAAAUCGAGUGUUUGCAAACUUGCCGGCAUUUUCGUGCGCUGAUAUACCAUAGACGGAUCGCAGCCAAAUCAAAAGUGGAUAGUUUAGAAGCGUGGUUUUAAGAUUUGCCGCCGGGCAUCGAAGGUCAAUGAUGCAACGCAAAAGAAAGAUUUGCUCUUGGCUCACGGUAGUUUCGAAUUGCAAAAGAUGCUGACAAGGACACGAAUACAGACCCUUACAAAGUUGCCGUGGACAACAUGGAUACAUAUUUUGUCCCUCAGCGGCAUGAGGCACAUGAGCGUUAUGUGUUCUGGGCCCUAAAACCAGAACAUGGCGGGAGUUUGACAAAGUUCUUGAUGAAGACCCAAACGCACGCAUCUAAGUGCAAUUUUGGUAAAACUUCCACCGACAGUUCUGCAAUAGCUGUAGUGGACAAGAUGCUUCAGGUCGUACCUGUUUCGCUCCGUGGAAAACUGUUUCUCGUAACGAAUCUGGACCUGGAAGAAGUUGUCAAGCAGGUGAAUGCAUUUGAAACUUCUCGCUCAGCUAGCGAACAGAUAAGCGAUCAAUCAACUUUACCAGCAGUAUGAAAGAAUCCGGAAUUUGUGCAACGCGUUAAGGGACUCCGCAAAUUCUGUGGAUAGACUCACGUUCCAGGUCAUUGUCCAGUGUGGAAUAAAACGUGUUCCAAUCGUAACAAGCUGGGGCAUUUUCGAGAAGUCUGUUACAGUUGCAUAGGACAAUCAGGAAAUCCUACUAGCUCUUCCCAGAAGGCAACAUUUAAGCAAACUGUUAAACGGAACCACUCCCAAGCUUUCCAAUCGCACAUCGUUCGGAAAACCACCACAACAACCGCCUUAUCCUACUCGACAGGUGCAUGCGAUUGGUGACGAACAAGAAGAAGAACCUACGGAAUUGGUAGAAAUGGUGUCGUCGGUGAGUGAUUCAGAUGAGCUGGUAUGAGCUAAAGUUGAAGGUGUCAUCGUCGAAAUGCAGAUAGAUUCUAGUGUUUUUUCGAAUAUCAUCGACGACAAGACCUGGGGAAUGAUGCUGAGGAAUAGAGUACAGACGUUGACUAGGAAUGAUCAGGCGUACAAAAAGUUCAAUGCAUAAGCACAGAAAGAUUGCCCAAUAAUGAUAGGGACGAAGAAUUAAAAAACGAACGCACGUUUUUACAUUGUGAAAGAUGGACCACAGCUUCUGCUAGGCAAGCAAACGGCAAGGCUUCUAGGAAUUUUGAUAAUCGGACUUCCUAGCCAAUAUGAACAGGUACGGAGCAUUGGCACUAUGUGCCAAUUCCCCAAGAUCCAUGGUGUGAAGAUACAUAUUCCAAUCGAUAAAUCUGUCAGCCAGUUGUUCAACGCUUUCGGCGACUUCCAUUCGCUACUUUGAAACGUGUGGAAGAUAAGCUCAAGAAACUGCUCACAAAGGACAUAAUUGAAAAGGUGGCCAAGCCCAGCCGGUGGGUUCCACCGAUAUAGUCGUGGUAAUUAAGGACAGCGGGGAAAUUCGAUUGGGUAUCGAUAUGAAGCAGGUAAAAAAGCGGUCUCACGGGAGACGCACCCACUACCAACAAUUGAGGAUGUUCGAUGGAUGCUAAAUGGUGCAGUCUAUUUCUCCAGACUUGAAAUCAAGGACGCAUUUCAUGAGCUGGAGAUUGGCGAAGAAAGUAAACCGCUAACUUCUCUUAUCACUCAUGAAGGUAAGAUAAAACUAACAGAAAAUGAUAAAAUCUUAGACCAAGGUCUCUUCCAUUAUAAGAUGCUAGUCUUUGGAAUAUCUUGUGCACCAGAGAUUUUUCUGAAGAUUAUUGAGCAAAUUUUGCCGGAUUGUGGUCAUUCUAUUAAUUUCAUUGACGAUAUAAACGUUGUGGGCAGAACUGAACAGGAGCAUAAUGCAGCACUUAGAAAAGUGUCUGACAAACUUCGUGUUUAUGGGGUUAAGCUCAAUCACGCAACAUGUGCAUUCAAAUUGACUGAGAUAGACUUCCUCGGCCACAGGUUCAGCAAAUACGGAAUGACUCCUUCACCAGCAGCUUUGCAUAGCUUCCGAGCUCCAACUACCUGCGAGGAAGUCAGAAGUUUUCUAGGCCUCGUUGAAUACGUUGGGGCGUUUAUUCCGAACUUUGCCACCAUUCCAUUUCCUCUCAGAGAGCUUACGAAAAACAAAGCUGGUUUACAAUGGAACUUGGAAGAUCAGCUUAUGACGAGUUUUCAAAUUCAUUUGUGAUGUAAACCAACUUGUACAUUUGCAGAGUUGCUUCUCCGGUAGGACUCGGAGCAGUCCUUUUGCAGUUUUUAGAAGGAUCGCCGUGAGUUGUUUCGUUUGCUAGUAAGAGUCUGACUGAAACAGACCGUCGAUAUGCUCAGACGGAGAAGGAUACUUUGGCCUUAGUAUGGGCAGUCGAACGGUUUCAGAUUUACCUCGUGGGCAUCAGGUUUGAAUUGGAAACCGAUAAUAAAUCCCUCGAGGCCAUAUUUCCGCCAGAUUCUUCACUAUGUUUAGGUGUAGAACGUUGGGUUCUUAGGCUUCAAACGUUUAGUUUCGUUGUAGUAUACCGUAAAGGUAAGUCGAACAUUGCCGACCCUCUGUCACGCCUCGCUCAAACACCAAACGAACCAUUCGAUCUAGAUUGCGAGAUUUACAUACGUGAUGUGCUGGAAUUGGAAGCAGUAGAUAUUGAGGAGUUUGAGAAGGCAUCUUGUAAGGACCCUGAGCUUAGUGAGUUACGUGAGUACCUGGAUUGAGGAAUGUGGAACUACACUUCCAGUACAAUCAAACCUUAUCAUGCGUUCCGGAAUGAGUUUGGAAAAGUUGUUGAGCUAGUGGUUCGAGGCUCUAGAAUGGUUGUACCUUCAUGUAUGCGACAAAGAUUGCUUCAACUGGCCCAUGAGGGUCACCCAGGUCGAACCAAAAUGCAACAACGGUUGCGACUUUCAUAUUGGAGGUCUCGAAUGGAUAAAGACAUUGCUCAUGAAGUAGAUGGUUGCGAAGGUUGUCGACUAUUCAGUCAUCCGGAUAGACCUGAACCAAUGGAAAGACGGAGAAUGCCGGAAGCUCUAUGGAUCGAUCUUGCCAUAGACUUCCUGGGUCAAUUACCUUCAAAAGAUUAUUUGCUGGUAAUCAUCGAUUACUACAGCCGAUAUAAAGAAGUAGGAAUACUUCAGAAAAUCACUGCUAAAGUGACGGUGGAUAGACUUGAGAAGAUAUUUAUCAGGCUGGGUUUUUCUACAACCAUAACAUUCGAUAACGGUCGACAAUUCGAUAGUUAUUGCCGAAGUAGACGCAUUUUUCUGAAUAGAACAACGCCAUAUUGGCCUCAAGAAAACGGCCUUGUCGAAUGGCAAAAACGGUCCUUGAGGAAGCGUCUCAGAAUCAGUCAAAGCCUUGACCGUGAUUGGAAACAUGACCUUCUCGUCUAUCUGUCGAUGUACUAUUCGACUCCACAUAGCACCACUGGGAAAACCCCAGCCGAACUGCUGUUCGGAAGAAACUUGCGUACCAAAUUGCCAACUUUGGUAGAUUUGAGCACUGAAGCACCGCCGACUGAGCAUGGAAAUUGUGAUCUGCGUGAAAAGGAGAGGGGUAAGGAUGCAGAGAAUCUUUGUCGUAGAGCAAAACCAUCUAAUCUCGGUGUUGGAGCUGAGGUUCACAUGACGAACGUCCUUCUAGGAAAUAAGCUUACGCCCACAUCCAACCUAUCGGUUAUGACAGUUACUGCGUUCAGAAUAACGAAACUGGAAAGUCAUACGACAUGAAUUCCAGUCAUCUAAAACGAGUAGCUAUUAAGAAUGGUGGUAUAAUGAUUGUAGCAGAAUUAAAUAUUUAUUUUAAUUCUCUAACAAUAUUGUUUGAUUCACAGACCAGGGAGACGACACUCAAAUGGAACCCUCAACGGUCUGACGAGCCGAACUCAGCGAGUAAUCCUAACCUCGUCCCCGGCCUCGGUGCUGACAUGGAUGAUUCAAGUUUAAAGAUUGUGGAUCAGCCAUCCGAUGUAGCCGUAACCAAUAAGGGUGACCAGCCGGAUCGAGCCAGAUCACGACGUGAGAUUGGUAAGCUCAUGCGGUUUGAAGAUUGCAUUUUUGAUUAUUGAUUCAUUUGUCUACAUUUAAUUAAGAGGAGAUGUGGCGAUGUUAUCCAUGGUCUGAGAGUGAUAUAUCUAUGUAAGAUCUAUGGUAAGAGAAUAUAUAGAA